UACAUUUAUGAUACAUUGGCUUUCCGUUGAAUCGUUGACAGCUGGGUCCAACGCGAUAACCAAAACAAUAAUAACGUACCAUCAACAUCUACUUUCUAAUCACUAACGCACAACCUUGCACUAUGUGCAAUCAGGAUUACCUCAUCCAUCAUAUUUCCCCUAUGAUACCCUGGAAGCAUCCGUUGCGCUUCCAGAUCGAUUCCGACCGACUCCCAAUGACCCGGUCGAUCCACCCAGCGCGCAGCUGCGAUCGACGUCGUUGUGCGAUGUACAAGCAGCAUCAUCCUCGUCGGCGCGCAUGCUUGUCCCCAAAGAAUCGGAAGCGAGCGACCUUUUGCGAAAAAUUGACGUUAACACCGCCCUGCAGUAUGGCACCGCUCAAGGAUACCCAGCUCUGUACUCGUGGCUGAGGCAUUUCACGCGCGAGCAUUUACAUCCCAGCAUUCCCUACACCGGCGGCCCCGACAUCAUCCUGACCUGCGGUUCAACUGAUGGCUUCUCCAAGGCGCUGCAGCUUUUGCAUAAUGAAUGGAGCGAGGAGAAGGAUUGGGUGCGCGAGCGCGAAGGUAUGCUCGUCGAAAAGUACACCUACAUGAGCGCUGUCCAGGCAGCUCUACCACGAGGAAUGAAUGUUGUGCCCGUGGACAUCGAUGACCAGGGCAUGAUUCCUUACGGAGAGGGUAGUCUGGAGGACAUUCUUUCCAACUGGGAUACGAAGAAAGGCAAGCGGCCUCAUCUCAUGUACAUUGUCACUAUCGGCCAAAACCCUACUGGGACCGUCAUGGGUCUCGAGCGCCGCAAAGAAAUCUACGGCAUCUGCUCGAAAUAUGACGUCGUCAUCAUCGAAGACGAUCCAUACUGGUAUCUUCAAUACCCGUCCGCCUUUGCAGCUAUGCAAGCCCGCAGCGAGAACUUAACACCAACAAGCUCCCACUUCGAGGACUUUCAUCAGCCUGAAUUGAGGGCCCCAAGCCAUACUUUUAAAUCGUCUGGAUUUGACUUCCUCGACUCCCUUGUCCCGAGCUUCCUCUCAAUCGACGCCGACGGACGCAUCCUUCGCCUCGAUACUUUCUCCAAGACCACCGCGCCGGGAUGUCGACUGGGCUGGAUCACCGCCCAGCCCGCCUUCAUUGAGCGCCUGCUGCGUAUCACCGAGAGCACCACUCAGCAGCCAUCCGGGUUUGUACAGUCAAUGGUUGCCGAGCUGCUUAUGGGCCCUGAGACUGCACAGGAUGGUGGCCGGGGCGGCGCGAAAGAUGGCAGCGGGUGGAAAGUCGACGGCUGGGUUCGUUGGCUCGAAGGGAUGCGAGGGAACUACGAGCGACGUAUGAACACCAUGGGUUCGAUUCUCGAGGAAGGUCGAUUCCGCGUCCAGUCGUCUUCUGAUCAGUCCUCCGAAACGACGGGCGCCAAAAGCAACAGCGCCGACGAUAAAUUCGACACUUUUGACAAUGCCAGUACUGAUGCUGCGGAUCAAGACGAUAGCGAUGACGACGAGUGGCACGCCGUUGACAAGGUUCAAAUGUACACAUUCGACUGGCCUGCCGGCGGCAUGUUCUUAUGGCUCAAGGUGGACUUUUCGACUCACCCUCUUGUGGAAAAAGUCGCCCUCAAGGACCUCUCGCAGGCGCUUUGGUUCCAUUUCCUGUCGAAACCGUAUCGCGUGCUCAUGAGCCCCGGGACGAUGUUCAGUCCAACCAAGACCAUCGCGGAGACUACGGGCUGCAUGCACUUCCGAUUAUGCUUUGCCGCGGUGGAUGAAGAGGAUGUUGCGAUUGCAAGUCACAACAUUGUCGCGGCAUUUAAUUCAUUCUGGGAAAAGACAAAGAUUGAUGAUCCAGAAGAUGUUGAAGCCGGAUUCUUUGCAGACUCGCAAGAUGAUGCCGUUGACGAAAAAAUGAUCAUGCUGACCAAUACCCCUGGUGGAAUAUUGUGCUGAGUUGUUUGAACUGAAGCUUGAGAUGCCAGUUUUGACUUUAUAAUGGGGGUAGAAAGAAGUUGAUGACAUGUAAUUCACGAUAUGCACUAUGGCCGUUGUUGUUUGAGCCGGUGUUUAUAAAGCGGUAGGCCAGGAGACAAUCAAUGAAACUUAACUUAUUGUAAUGGUACAUUGCCCGCCUUUCAACGCU